AUGUCGAAGAGCGUCGCCGCCGCGGCAGAAGCCACCAACACCAAGCUGGACUCCCUCGCGGAGCAGCUCGCGGGCUUGGCGUCGUGGAUGAAAUCCAUGGACGCCUCGGUCGCCGAUCUCUCAGCGACGACCACCACGCUCAAGCUUCACGCGGAGGACGCCGCGGCGAGGCUGGGCAUCAUCGAGUCGCGGCCGCCACCACAACCUCCAGCGCCAGCGCAGCUGCCUACUACGCCGCUGCAGGGCGCGGCGGCAGCGCGACGGUCCGAUGGGCACGGCAACGACAAUUCUACACGGGGGUACAAUCACGAGGCCUCCGUGUCUCGCCGAUUUCCCCCGGACAAUGGUACGAUCAUCAUCACUGAUCCAUAUACUGCAUACAACGAAGAGGAUUCAUAUGAUCGACCUAGGAACCACACUCGCUAUACUUCCACUCCUAAGAUGGAUUUCCCCAAGUUCGAUGGCACCGAUCCCACCAUUUGGAGGGAUAACUGUGAGAUGUAUUUUGAGAUCUACGGCAUCUCUGACAUGAUGAAAAUCCUCACCAUUAGGCGGUUAGAAAAUGUAGAGGCAUACACAGAAAAAUUCAAUCAGUUGAAACAUCAAAUCCUCCUGCAUGAUCCCAGCACUAGUGAAGUCUUCUUUGUGGAGCGUUUCAUCGCAGGCCUAGCUGAUGAAUUGCGCGCUGUUGUCCUGUUGCAUUUACCUGAAGACGUGGAUACUGCUAGUCUCUUGGCUCAAUUGCAGGAAACGGAGCAGGAAAAUAUACGGCAACAGCAACAACAACACUCGUCUUCGUCCUCGCGCACAAAUUACCGUACCUUCCAUAAUACGGACAAGCCCAAGCAUUCAAGCCGUGGGGAUGAACAGAAGAAGCCAGAAGCACCACACUGGGAUGCCAAGCUGGAAGCUCUCCGCGCCUUUCGCAAGUCGAGGGGAGAGUGUUUCACUUGCGGCGAGAAAUGGAGCCGCACCCACAAGUGUCCCACUCAAGUGGCUCUGCAUAUUCUGGAGGAAUUGCUGGACGCCCUACCACCAGACCCGGACUCGGGGCUUGAUGACGAAGCCAGUUCGGGCGACGAACUCAUGUGUGCCGACAUCGCGGCGAUCGUGGGCUCUACUCCAGCACGGCGCCGCACCAUUCGUCUCCACGGGCACGUGGGCGAACACGAGGUUCUUAUCCUCGUCGACUCUGGCAGUGGUGCCUCCUUCAUCGACACUCGUCUUGUCGACAAGCUCCACGUCUCUCCUCAACCUUGUGAGCCGUCACAGUUUGUCAUCGCCAAUGGCGACACCAUGGUCAGCGACAAGAUGCUGCCUAACCUGGCAUGGCGCACCCAGGGGCAUACCUUCCAGCAGGACAUGAAGAUCUUGCCAUUGGGCUGCUAUGAUAUCAUUAUGGGCGCGGAUUGGCUUGAGGAAUUCAGUCCAAUGUGGGUGCACUGGCGCAAUCGCCGCAUGCGUUUCCAGCAUCGCGUGCAGCGCAUUACCUUGCAGGGCAUCCAAGAUGAGCACACGCCAGGCCGUCAAAUUACUGCCCGUCAGCUCCAGGGCCUGUUGCGUCGGGGCGCAGUUGCUGAAUGUGUUGAAGUGCAACCAGUACACCAACAUGGCAGUCUGCAUACUUUGGAGACUGCAACAGGCGAAGGGGAGCACCCAGUUAUAGCUCCUGUGUUGACAGCUUUUGCAGACCUCUUUGUGCCCGCUGCCGGACUACCUCCUCGUCGUCAGCACGAUCACCGCAUUCCGCUCGUACCAGGAGCUCAACUAGUCAAUGUGCGACCAUACCGGUAUGAGCCUCAUCAGAAGAAUGAAAUCGAGCGCCAAAUACACCUCAUGCUGCAGCAAGUGGACGAGUUGCUCGACGAGCUGGCAGGAGCUCGUUGGUUCACCAAGCUUGACCUGUCAUCAGGGUACCACCAGCUACGAGUGGCAGAGGGUGACGAGUACAAGACGGCUUUCCGUACUCAUCAAGGCAUGUACGAGUUCUUGGUCAUGCCUUUCGGCCUCACCAACGCUCCAGCAACAUUCCAGAGUGUGAUGAACUCAGUUUUCGAAAAGGUGCUACGCAAAGGAGUCUUAGUGUUCAUGGACGACAUUCUUGUCUACACCACAACAGUGGAGCAGCAUGCCAAGCAGUUGACAGAAGUGUUCCAAGUUCUUCGCGACCAGCAGCUCACCUUGCAACGCUCCAAGUGUUCUUUUGCCAAGCAAAACCUGGAGUAUCUCGGACACGUCAUUGGCAUUAACGGCGUGGCCACGGACAGCUCCAAGAUCACAGCCGUCAAGGACUGGCCUAGACCCAAAAACCUAAAGGAGCUCCGAAGAUUCUUAGGCUUGACGGGAUAUUACCGCAAGUUCAUCAAGCAAUAUGGUCUCAUCAGUAAACCCCUCACUCAAGUGAUGCGCAAAGGAGAGGUGUACCAAUGGACACUAGUCACAGAAGAAGCCUUCCAGGCGCUGAAACGGGCACUUGCGCAGGCUCCGGUCCUCGCUCUCCCUGAUUUUUCCCAACAUUUUGUAGUGGAAACUGAUGCCUGUCAAUCUGGUGUGGGAGCGGUGCUCAUGCAGCAAGGGCACCCUGUGGCCUAUCUCAGUAAGGCGUUGAGUCCACGCAAUCAAGCACUCUCAACCUAUGAGAAGGAGUGCAUCUCUAUCCUUAUGGCGGUCGAGAAGUGGAGGUCAUAUUUGCAACACAAAGAAUUUGUUAUUCGCACAUACCAGAAAAGCCUCCUCUAUCUGACUGAACAACGCCUCGGGACAGGAAUGCAGCACAAGGCCUUCGUCAAGUUGAUGGGACUGCAAUAUACCAUCCAGUACAAGAAAGGUAUCACGAACGCGGCUGCAGAUGUUCUCUCUCGUUGCCAACACUCCUCUGAAUUGCUGGCCAUAUCAGCAGUUGUUCCUUCAUGGCUGGAUAAACUGGUCAUUGGGUAUAAUGAUGAUGCAUCAACAAAGAAGCUAUGGACUGAGUUGAGCCUCUCAGGCACGAAUGCUGAAGGUUUUGAACUGCGAGAUGGAGUUAUCCGUAAGAAAGGCAGAGUUUGGGUGGGAGGAAAUUCUUUAGCACAACAACACAUCUUGCAAGCCCUACACGACAGUGGUAUUGGUAGACAUUCUGGCACAUUGGCCACCUAUCAGCGUAUCAAGAAACUGUUUGAUUGGCCGAACCUGAAACAAUCAGUUCAGGAUUUCGUCCAACGCUAUGACACUUGUCAGCGAGCCAAGGCGGAGCAUACAAAACUGCCAGGACUGCUGCAACCUCUUCCAGUUCCACCAUCUGCCUGGCACACCAUCAGCCUAGACUUUAUCGAAGGAUUGCCCAAGUCAAAUGGUCAUGAUGUGAUUCCGUUCGUCGUCGACAAGCUAACCAAGUACGGCCACUUCAUUCCCCUGAAGCAUCCAUAUACAACUCUACAGGUCGCCCAGGCGUUCGUGGACAACAUCUAUAAGCUCCACGGUCUUCCCCAGUGCAUUGUGUCAGACAGGGAUAAGAUCUUCACCAGCACACUCUGGCAAGCAUUGUUCCGCCUCACAGACACGCAGCUGAUGAUGAGAAAGGGAGACUAUGACUGCCUUCUGAAGAAACAUCUACUUCGUGCCCAGCAAAGGAUGAAGAAGCAAGUGGACAAACACCGGACAGAACGCUCCUUCGACGUUGGUGACAUGGUCUUCCUCAAGCUGCAACCGUAUGUGCAGACAUCCCUGGCGCCAAGGAGUAGCCAAAAGCUGGCGUUUAAGUUCUUCAGGCCAUACAAGAUCCUGGCGUGCGUAGGAGAAGUGGCGUAUCGCCUGGAGCUACCCACCAGCAGCAAGAUCCACAACGCCAUCCAUGUCUCGCAACUGAAGCGUCGGCUGCCUUCCGCCUCACCAAAGAAGGACGACCUCGCCUUACUGGACCUGGAUUCCAUGGUACUCCUGCAACCUGAGAAGAUCUUGGCACGGCGUUGCAUCCAGCGUGGUGGCGUCAAGGUGCCCCGCGUUCUCAUCCGCUGGCUGGGGCUUCCGAGUUCUGCAAUCUCCUGGGAGGAUGAAGCACCACUUCAUGUGCGUUUUUCGGGACUACAGGCCUGGGGGCAAGCCAGCUCUCAAGGAGGAUGGGAUGUCACGACCCAGCCCAAGGCCCAUGACAAGACCAAGGCCCAGUCCAGGAUGGCGAAGGAAGAGACGACGGCGUCGGCUACUUACCUCCACGAAGAGCGCCGCCUCCAGUCGAACUGA